CGGGGGCCGGCUGCGGCGUGGCCGCUGCUCCACUCGCGGCGGCGAUGUGACCCGGGCGGCGUGGGGAGGCGGCGCGGUUCCGGCCCCGUCCCGGCCAGACCCGACCUACCCCGGCCCGUCCCGCGGACGCACCCCCAUGCCCGCUCACGGCCGCCCGCCGGUAGCGGCUGACGCCUGCGGAGCAGACACGCGAGGAGCCCGGGGAGGCGAUGGCUGCGGAUCUGGUGGUGUUGCUCUGCCUGGCUGCCGCCGCGGCCGCCGUGGAAGAAACUUUGAUGGAUACACGGACAGCGACGGCCGAGCUGGGCUGGACCGCCAACCCGCCUUCAGGGUGGGAAGAAGUCAGUGGCUACGACGAAAACCUCAACACCAUCCGUACGUACCAGGUGUGCAAUGUCUUCGAGCCCAACCAGAACAACUGGCUCCUCACCACGUUCAUCAACCGGCGUGGAGCUCACCGCAUCUACACCGAGAUGCGCUUCACUGUGCGGGACUGCAGCAGCCUCCCCAACGUCCCUGGCUCCUGCAAAGAGACUUUCAACCUCUACUACUACGAGACAGACUCUGUCAUUGCCACCAAGAAGUCUGCCUUCUGGACAGAGGCACCCUACCUCAAAGUGGACACCAUUGCUGCUGACGAGAGCUUCUCCCAGGUGGACUUUGGUGGCAGGUUGAUGAAGGUGAACACAGAAGUGAGAAGUUUCGGGCCCCUGACCCGCAAUGGCUUUUACCUGGCUUUCCAGGACUAUGGGGCUUGUAUGUCUCUGCUGUCUGUCAGGGUCUUCUUCAAGAAGUGCCCCAGCGUGGUGCAGAACUUUGCCAUCUUCCCAGAGACGAUGACAGGAGCGGAGAGCACCUCUCUAGUGACUGCCCGUGGCACCUGCAUCCCCAAUGCUGAGGAGGUGGAUGUGCCCAUCAAACUGUACUGCAAUGGGGAUGGGGAGUGGAUGGUCCCCAUCGGCCGCUGUACGUGCAAGGCUGGUUAUGAGCCGGAGAACAAUGUGGCUUGCAAAGCCUGUCCAGCAGGGACCUUCAAGGCCAGCCAGGGUGCAGGGGUCUGCGUGCCGUGCCCCUCCAACAGCCGCUCCACCGCCGAGGCGUCGCCAGUCUGCACGUGCCGCAAUGGCUACUACCGGGCAGACUUUGACCCACCGACAGCUGCCUGCACCAGUGUCCCGUCUGGUCCCCGCAACGUCAUCUCCAUCGUCAAUGAGACAUCCAUCAUCCUGGAGUGGCACCCACCACGAGAGACAGGGGGUCGGGACGAUGUCACCUACAACAUCAUCUGCAAGAAGUGCCGGUCGGACCGACGCGCCUGCUCCCGCUGUGAUGACAAUGUGGACUUUGUCCCCAGGCAGCUGGGGCUGACAGAGACCCGGGUCUUCAUCAGCAACCUGUGGGCACACACGCCCUACACCUUUGAGAUCCAGGCUGUCAAUGGGGUUUCCAACAAGAGCCCCUUCCCCCAGCAGCACGUGUCCGUCAACAUCACCACCAACCAAGCGGCACCCUCUACUGUCCCCAUCAUGCACCAGGUGAGUGCCACAAUGAGGAGCAUCACGCUUUCGUGGCCUCAGCCUGAGCAGCCCAAUGGCAUCAUCCUGGAUUAUGAGAUCCGCUACUACGAGAAGCUGAGCCGCAUCUGCACACCCGAUGUCAGCAACACUGUGGGCUCCAGGCCAGCAGCAGAUCACAACGAGUACAACUCCUCCAUGGCCCGCAGCCAGACCAACACAGCCAGGAUCGAGGGGCUGCGACCCGGGAUGGUGUACGUGGUGCAGGUGCGAGCCCGCACUGUAGCCGGCUAUGGCAAAUACAGUGGGAAGAUGUGCUUCCAGACGCUGACGGAUGAUGACUACAAGUCAGAGCUGAGAGAGCAGCUGCCUUUGAUCGCAGGGUCCGCAGCAGCUGGAGUGGUCUUCAUUGUCUCACUGGUGGCCAUCUCCAUUGUCUGCAGCAGGAAGCGUGCCUAUAGCAAGGAGGCGGUGUACAGCGAUAAGUUACAGCACUACAGCACCGGGAGAGGGUCUCCAGGAAUGAAGAUCUACAUUGACCCCUUCACCUAUGAGGAUCCCAACGAGGCAGUCCGAGAGUUCGCCAAGGAGAUUGAUGUAUCCUUCGUCAAGAUUGAAGAAGUUAUUGGAGCAGGGGAGUUUGGAGAAGUGUAUAAAGGACGCCUGAAGCUGCCUGGCAAGCGGGAGAUCUACGUGGCCAUCAAAACACUCAAGGCUGGCUAUUCUGAGAAGCAGCGCCGGGAUUUCCUGAGCGAGGCCAGCAUCAUGGGGCAGUUUGACCACCCCAACAUCAUUCGGCUGGAAGGGGUGGUGACCAAAAGCCGACCAGUCAUGAUCAUCACUGAGUUCAUGGAGAAUGGGGCCCUUGACUCCUUCCUGCGGCAAAAUGAUGGGCAGUUCACAGUGAUCCAGCUGGUGGGGAUGCUCAGAGGAAUUGCUGCUGGGAUGAAGUACCUUGCAGAGAUGAAUUAUGUGCACCGAGAUCUGGCUGCCAGGAACAUCCUGGUCAACAGCAACCUGGUGUGCAAAGUGUCUGACUUUGGCCUCUCGCGCUAUUUGCAGGACGAUACAUCCGACCCUACCUACACCAGCUCCUUGGGGGGCAAGAUCCCUGUCAGGUGGACAGCACCAGAGGCCAUUGCCUACCGCAAGUUCACCUCGGCCAGCGACGUCUGGAGCUAUGGCAUUGUCAUGUGGGAGGUGAUGUCGUUUGGAGAGAGGCCCUACUGGGACAUGUCCAACCAAGAUGUCAUCAAUGCCAUUGAGCAGGAUUACCGGCUCCCACCACCCAUGGACUGUCCCGCUGCCCUGCACCAGUUGAUGCUGGACUGCUGGCAGAAGGACCGCAACACCCGUCCUCGCUUCACUGAGAUAGUCAACACCCUGGAUAAAAUGAUCCGCAACCCGGCAAGCCUCAAAACUGUGGCUACCAUCACCGCUGUGCCUUCUCAGCCCCUCCUUGACCGCUCCAUCCCCGACUUCACUGCCUUUACCUCAGUAGACGACUGGCUGAGCGCUGUGAAGAUGAGCCAGUACCGAGACAGCUUCCUGACUGCUGGCUUCACCUCCCUGCAGCUUGUUGCCCAGAUGACAUCCGAAGACCUCUUGAGAAUAGGGGUGACUUUGGCUGGGCACCAGAAGAAGAUCCUGAACAGCGUCCAGUCCAUGCGAGUACAGAUGAGUCAGUCUCCAACCUCGAUGGCAUGACGUCCCUUGUUCUAUGGGGAAGGGGACGGGGAGGGCACAUAGCGGAGGGGCAGAGGUGGGAGGGGAGGAACUGACAGGCCCCGUGGGGCAGCGUUUGGAGAGGUGCUGCAGCUGCCUGGGGGACUGUGACCGCAGAUGAAGGAUGUUCCUGGGACUCAUCUCUAACUGGUGACUUCCGUUCCUCACCAACAAAAGCACACUUACCAAUGUCAUGGGGAACAGCUUAUAAAUACAUAUAAAUAUGUACAAAUCAUAUAUUUAAAAAACAAAACAAACACAGAAAAACAAUGAAGACAAACCAAUGUGCGUUGGGGAAGCAAACCCAAACUCUAGAUACCAGACUCCAAUCCCACCACCAGUGAGCAGUGGUCAAAACUGAGAAAGGGGAAGGGACAGGCAUGAGAUGGAGCAUCCCAUCUGGAGAAACCACCUUCCUUUUCUUCUUUUGACCUCCCUCCCUGCCCUGUCCUUCCCUGCUCACCCCACUCCCUUCUCUGCUCAUGGACUGGGCGGAAGUGUCCUGAAGACUUCUCCACAGCUCCCUGCCAUCCCACCCGGGUGCCACUCCAGCAACUACCAAAGGACUUCGCUGACCACUGCAUGGAGGAUCCGACUCAAUCCAGUUAAUGUCUUCAUAUUGAAGAAGUGAUGUACCUUCAAUAGAAAACCUUGGGGUUUUUGUUGUUUGGGUUUUUUUCUUUUUCUCUUUUGCUUGCAUUUUUUUUUUUCCAUAAAGGAAAAAAAAAGGAUUAAAAAAGAUACCAAUCCAUCCUGGAAAACAGAAAGAGGUGUUCCCAUGUGUGUGUGCGCUCAUGCGUGUGUGUACAUCGUUACCCUACUGUGGACUCACUGCUUGUCCGUAACCGAAGAUCACCGCUGACCCUGCGGCCAGCAGCCAGCUGGUCCCCAGCCCAGGGGGGAACAGGGGUUGUGCCCACAGCUCCCAGGAGUGGGAGGGAGCAGGGAAGUGCCCAACAGCGAAGCAUCCUGCAAACAAGGAGGAUGCCAAGGGCCGGCCGGUGCGAUGGGGACGGGAUGGGACCAGAGGAGCCGCUGUGUGGUUGUGACUGGGUUGGUGACUGCUGGAGAAAGGAGGAGAGGUGCUCUGGGAAACAGACUGCUAAGGCCUCCCGAGCCUCAGCGAUGUGUGGAAGAUGGCUAUGGAGGACUUUUUUCCCCAUCUUGUGGACCUAAGGAUUUUGACAUUGAUUUACAGACUUAGGUUUCAUGGCUUCAGAGGCGGAUCAGCGGGUCCCAGCAGACCCUAACACACACACAGCAAGUGGAGGAGAAACCAGCUGCAGUGUGAAGUGAGGCAACCGUGGACAGCGUGGCCGUGCCAGUGGCAGAGAUGGGAUGGCAUUGAGGUCUCCCGGCCCAUCUCUGGGGGGAAGUGCUGGAGGAGGUUAAUCUGGGCAAACCAGCUGUGUGAAUUUUAAGUGGAUUAGCUGAACUCUGUUCUUUCCCAAAACAGACUCACUCUUUCAGGGCCGAUGUGCAGGUGGAUUAGGCAAAAAUCUACUUAAGGCUGUGUUAAUUCUAGGGGCAUCAAGUCCAGCACCACAGAGGCACUGGAGAGGGGAUUGACACUGGUCCCUGGGGACCGCUGCCCUCCGCCACCCAUGAGAUGAUGACGGUGAUGCCCCCCGAGCCGCAGCGUGCCCCGUGCCAGCCAGCCCUACCUUGUCCUGUACAUAACCAGUGAGAUGUCUGUAAAAGAUUUCAACCCUUGUAAUUUUUUUUUGCCCUCCCUCCCCCUGCCUCCUUCCCCAAUUUGUUGAUUGUGUUGAAAUUGUCGGAGUUUGUAACAGUAACUUUCAGAGAAUAUUGUACUAAAGAGAAAAUUGCACUCAAUAAAAAUGAUGAAAUAA